UCUCAGUCAUAGCCUGCCUUCAUCUCUGAAGGGACCAGGCGACCCACGGAGUGCCUCGGCAGCCUUGUUAUUGCAUGCAAUCUUCACAGACAAGAUCUCACUGCAACCAGCUUUCUACAGGAGCACAGGUGUGACAUUAUACUGAUGACAUCAUUCUCAGAGAAAAUUCAUUUUAUGCACUAAGGACACACAGAUACAAGGAAGCUUACACAAAGGGAAUGGACCUUUCCACAACACAGAUGUGCAAGGCCCUGCCACUUUGCUUCAAUUCCUGAAAAUUCCUUGGUAAACAUGGAGGUGCUCUAUUCCUGACACUUUCAAGAAAUAGUUCUUGAUCCUUUCAGCGUCCACAAUGUUAAUACAAGCCCAACAUUCUUUAAUUUGUGUUUUGUUUUUUGGAGGCACAGUCUUGCUCUGUCACCCAGGCUGGUAUGAAGUGGCACGAUUUCAGCUCACUGCAGCCUCGACUUCCUGAGCUCUAGCAAUUCUCCCAUCUCGGCCUUCCAAGUAGCUAGGACUGCAGGAAACACUGGCCUCCUUCAUCCUCAGGCUGUGUUGCUGGAAGUCACCCAUCUCCGAGGCCCCUUGGGAUCGACUGAGUGACCAGCAGUGAAGUUCAUCCACCUUCUGAAUGGAUGCCAUCAUCUGACGUGAUGGAGCUCAGUGGGAUGUUGUUGCGGUCUUCCCUCCCUUAGCCAGGAUGUCCCUGAUAAAGGAUGACACCCAAGCCUCAGCACAACUGGCCAAACUUGAGGUGGUCAUCUCAGCACUGAUGCUGGGCCAACAAUUAGCCCCAUUUGUACAUUUUUACAAAUUUUUGACAAUUGCCAAGAAUUAUCCACCUUCCUUCCCCAUUGAAUUAAAGAAACUUCUUGCCUCAUGGAUACUCAGAAUACAAUCAAGGUAACAGAUGCCUUUUUUUUAACGAAAGACACAGUACGGAUCUCACAGGGACACUCCUUAUCCCCUACAGAGUUCCUGACACUACUGAUGGUGACCAAGGCAACAUUUCAUCAGAAAACACAGUGCUAGGCUUGUGAAAGUGUCUAGUAGGGCUUCCACUGCCCCUAUAGGCUGCAGGCAGCUGCUUUAGUUGAGAGAUAGACUGAGAUCCUCAAAGAAUUCCUAUUUAAGUUACAAAGCAGUGAGUGGAUGCCCUGCUGGGUUCCACUGUUGCCACAGGCUUUCUAAGUUCAUGCUUCUUAGGAAAGUGCACUUUUUACACCAAUGCUACACUGUUCCCUCAGUUGCCUUUACUGGACAUCAAGGAGUUCACAUUUUUGACAACCAUUCAGUCCUGGACUGUCCAAGGGGUGGAAGUAGCUCAGUACAUUAAGCUGCCUGCUGCGUGUGGAUCAGUAAUAUCAGACUUGCUCAAUAACUCACUGGAGACAUGAAAACCAAUGCAUGGGGGAUGCAUGACGUCACCCAAAUAAUUAUGAACACUCUUGUGCUGCCAGAGACCCCAGAUCUCUAAACCAAUGCAUGGGGAAUGCAUGACAUCACCCAAAUAUUUACAAACACGCUAUUCUGCCAGAGACCCCAGAUCACUUUUCCUGCCUCCUGCUAAAUAAAUGGGGGCAGUAGCUUUGCAUCGGCUUCCAUAUUACAUUACUCAUAACUGUGGCCUUCCUAAUCUCUCAUGUCCCUAAACACUUAUUACAAUGUCUCAGCAGCUUUUGCUCAGCCUCUCAAAAUAUUAGUCAUCACGAAAAUAAGUGUCUGAUGUUAAAGCAUCAGGGGUCAAUUGUAUUGUGACACCUAAAAUUUCAUGCAGCACCCCACCGUGUCCUCAGCCUAAUGGCUUUCAUGCCCCCACCAGACUGCAAAACUCUGAAUUAGUCAAGCACAUCCCUGAAGGGACGAGGGGUUACCCCACCCUCUGAUUUCUACCAAGCCUGCCUCCCACACCCUCUGUUCCAGAGUGCAACCCUGGGUAGACCUGCAUAAAUGCAGUGUCAUCCCCCACUGGGCUGAGUAUGUGUGACGAGUAAAUUACUGGGAAUUUCGUCUGCUCAGUGUUUGUUUUGUCUGCAGCCAUUCCCAGAAUUCUAGGGCAAGACUAGCUUCUUCGCCAAUGGGGUGAACAGGAAGGAACCCGAGUGGGAACUACGUUUUUAAAAAAAUCCCUUCCCACCCUCUUAAUUACGUAAUGCACGCAUUUUUAUAGCUUUUUUGCUCAUUCCAUUACCUGAGGUCAGCCACUGAUAUUUAACCCCUCCUUAGCCUCGGAGGAGGGCAGAGGAGCACUGGUCAUAUUGAUUUUGCUAGCGGUGACAUGAUUUCCUCCUGUGCAACUCAAAUUCUCUCCUUCUUUAACUUGAUGCUCAGUAGCUUGUGUUUCUCUCAUCUUUGCAGAUUGUUAGGAAGAUGAGAAUCAGGUUUCAUUUGUGGUGUUGCCAUAGAGAAGACUCCAUGGUAAUCUCUUUGCACAAUCAACUUUUUCUUUUCCCCCAGAAAUUGCAAAUUCUUAUGUGAGAGACAGCUUUCUGGAGUCUGCAAACAUAGAUUAUCGUCUCUCUUUCGAUGGUAAAUUUCUUAUAUCCCCACCAACAAUGAAAUACUUACAUAUAAUUUUGGCAUGUUAUAUUGAUUGCCAGCUACACGUAAGAACAUUCGUUGAUUUUAAAUGUAGACUAAUUAUGAAAAUUAAGGUAGCCACAAAAAAUUAUUGUGUACAAAUUUAUAGACCUUAGGGUUAAAUGAGUUGCUAUUAACUAAUAUUUAUUGUGCAGUCAGUGUAUGGCAGAAGCUUACUAUGUACUAUUUCAUUUUAUACUUAAAACAAUAUUCUAUGCAAAAUGCUGUAAUUUCCCCAUGCCUCCAAUUUGGACAUGAUAAAACUGGGUCUCGUAAAGUUUUCACCCCAGAGUUCUCUGCUUAGUAAGAAGUAGAAGUAAGUCUAAACCUAAGUUAUCUGAUUUCAGAGCCCAUAUAGUUAAAUGCUCUAAAUGCAGCUUCCCAUGGUGAUGGUGACUAUGAGAGCCUGUCACAUGAUGUAGGACAGUGCUUCCCUGUAAUGUGUGCAAGAUUCCCGUGAUGAUGGUGACUAUGAGAGCCUGUCAGAUACGAUGCAAGACAGUUCUUUCCUGUAACAUGCACAAGAUUCCCGUGAUGAUAGUGAUUAUGAGAGCCUGUCACAUAUGAUGUGGGACUGUGCUUCCCUGUAACAUGCGCAAGAUUCCCAUGAUGAUGGUGACUAUGAGAGCCUGUCAGAUACGAUGUAGGAAAAUGCUUCCCUGUAACAUGCACAAGAUUCCCAUGAUGAUGGUGACGAUGAGAGCCUGUCACAUAUGAUGUUGGACAGUGCUUCCCUGUAACAUGAGCAAGAUUCCCAUGACUAUGGUCAUGGGAAUGGUGACUAUGACAGCCUAUCACAUAUGAUGUUCGACAGUGCUUCCCUGUAACAUGCGCAAGAUUUCCAUGAUGAUAGUGACUAUGAGAGCCUGUCACAUAUGAUGUAGGACAGUGCUUCCCUGUAACAUGCCCAAGAUUCCUGUGAUGAUGGUGACUGUGAAAGCCUGUCACAUAUGAUGUUGGACAGUGCUUCCCUGUAACAUGCACAAGAUUCCCAUGAUGAUGGUGACUAUGAGAGCCUGUCAGAUACUAUGUAGGACAGUGCUUCCCUGUAACAUGCACAAGAUUUCCAUGAUGAUGAUGACUAUUUGAGCCUUUCACAUAUGAGGUAGGACAGUGUUUCCCUGUAACAUGCACAAGAUUGCCCUGAUGAUGGUGACUAUGAGAGUCUAUCACAUAUGAUGUAUGCCAGUGCUUCCCUGUAACAUGUACAAGAUUCCCGUGAUGAUGGUGACUAUGAGAGCCUGUCACAUAUGAUGUAGGACAGUGCUUCCUCUGUAACACGCACAGGAUUCCCGUGAUGAUUGUGAUUAUGAGAGCCUGUCUGAUACGAUGUAGGACAGUGCUUCCCUGUAACAUGCACAAGAUUCCCGUGAUGAUGGUGACUAUGAGAGCCUGUCACAUAUGAUGUAGGACAGUGCUUCCCUGUAACAUGCACAAGAUUCACCCUGGAAUCUUAUUAAAAUGCAAACUCAUAGACCACACUUUGACUAGCUAAGACAAGAGCAUUUAAAUGGAUGUCCAGGUGACAGUGCUAAGAUCCUACUGUUCAUGUGGGCACUGGCUCACAAUAUGAACGAAACUUAGGACCUCCAGUUCCUGCUGGAAAAGAAAUACAGAUACAUAGGAUGUGACUGUGCAUAUGGAAUAUCUGUUGUGUUCUCGACAUUGUACUAGACACUAGAGAUAAAAAGUCAAAUAUCCCUUGCCUCUUUCUGAAAGGAGCUUCCUACACAGUGGCUUCUGACUGCAGUGUAUAUUUUCUCUUCUGUCCUGGGUGGGUGAGCUCUAUCUCAAUGUUGGUAACUGAACACUGCCCAGUGGGUUUGACGGGGGAGACCAUAGCUGGCUGCGCUCCCACAUAGCUAUGACCAUAGCAUAGCUCGUGAUGCCAUUUCCCCCUUGUCAAAAGGCUCCCUCCAGUAUCAUACACACUCUUCAUGAUUAUAAAUUCUUCCUCCUUCCACUAAAUGUUCCCAAAUCUUGCAAAGAUAAAAACAUAAACCACAUUCUUGUCAUAUUAGUUAUAUAUUAAUGAUGAAAGUUCCUUACUUUUCUUUCUUUUAUUUUUUUUGCGAUGGAGUCUCGCUCUGUCCCCAGGCUGGAGUGCAGUGGCGCGAUCUCGGUUCCCUGCAAGCUCCGCCUCCCGGGUUCAUGCCAUUCUCCUGCCUCACCCUUCCGAGUAGCUGGGACUACAGGGACCCACCACCACACCUGGCUAAUUUUUUUGUAUUUGUAGUGGAGACGGGGUUUCACCAUGUUAGUGAGGAUGGUCUUGAUCUCCUGACCUUUUGAUCCGCAAGCCUCGGCCUCCCAAAGUGCUGGGGUUACAGUCAUGAGCCACCACACCCAGCCCAAGUUCCUUACUUUUCAUGUGUUUAAUAUUUUUUCCCAAUUUAUAGAAUAUAUUGAUUAAGAAUAAAUUUUAGCCAUGCACAUCUAUUACAAACUUCACGACAUACUUUGCUAUUUUUAUAUUUCUUAUACUCUUACAAAAUGUGUGUUCUGGACUCACGUUGGCUUCCAUUUCUUCCCUGUGGCCUCUAUUACUUUAGGCUAUGAGCAGAGAUGGACGAGGUGGCCACUGUAAUGGAUCAAGGCUAUAAGCAGAGAUGGAUGAGGCAUCGGCUGUAAUGGAUUAAGGCUAUGAGCAUCUUGUGAAGUAGGAUGUUAAAUCUGUAAAUGUCAGAAUGAAUCCAAACUUACCAAUUCAAAAUUGGAUUGUAAAACAGCUCAAAAAAGACUGAAAACACAGCUCUACACUUUAGGAGGCUGAGGCAGGCAGAUUGCUUAAGUUCAAGAGUUGGAGACAAGUCUAGGAAACAUGGAAAAACCGUCUCUACAGAAAAAUACAUAUUUUUAAUGAGCUGGGUAUGAUGGUAUGAGCCUGUGGUCCCAGCUUUUCAGGAGUCUGAGGUGAGAGGAUUGCUUGAGCCCAGAAGGUAGAGGCUGCAGUGAGCUCUGAUCACGCCACUGCAUUUCAGCCUAGGUGACAGAUUGAGACCCGUCUCAAAAACAAACAAAAAUAACAAACAAAAACAGCUCUAAACGAAAGUGGCUAGAAAAGUAGCUCAAGUUGUUCCUGUCUGGUUAAAUAGAAACAUAAAUGAAUUACUUAUGUGCCCCAGUGGCUUCAUAAUGCUGAGAGCAAAGUCAAUUAUUCUAGCAGGUUCUAGAAAACUUUAUCAUAUCAUGGGGUUCAAUGAAAAUAUCAAAUCAUAAAUAUAAUAAUCAAAUCUGAAAGUGAAUCUAGUUUCAAAGACCUCAAAAGCCAGUGUUUAGGAAGCUCUUUUCAGAUAGAGACAAGGGAUUAUUUGACUUCUUAUCUCUGUUGUCUAGCACAAUAUCCAGAACACAACAGAUAUUCCAUAUGCACAGUCAUAUCCUAUGUAUGUGUAUUUCUCUUCCAGCAAGGACUAGAGGUCCUAAGCUUUGUUUAUAUGGUGAGCCAGUGCCCAAAUGAGCAGGAGAAUCUUAGCACAGUCACCUACACACUCAUUUCAAUGCUCUGGCCCCUUAUCCAAGCUAGUCAAAGUGUGGUUUAUGGUUUUUCAUUGCAAGGGAUCCCCGGGUGAAUCUUGUGUCUUUCAAAGGAGGAGAAGCACUGCCCCCAAAAUAUAGAAAAGGUGAACUAAUUUAUCCAGGCAGCCUGGCUAUUUAUUUAUGUAUUUAUUUAUCUUGUUGAUGGGAAGAUUCAAAUUGACAUACACAAUCACCCUCAUAAGGAUUUCAGGUAAAAAACAGACAAAGGUUUAGAUAUCAGAUGUGUUUUACAAUUACCGCACCAGUCUUUUUACUACAGAAUCUAGUAGCAUAUUUCCAAUAGAUCUAGGUGAAAAUUUCUAUCUCAUGAGCCUUCUGUCAGUAUUUUUAAAAUUGGAUACUCUAUUAGUGGCCAAAUUGAAUCUCUUACAGACAUCUCACUCAAACUGCAGUCAUACUUUCCAAUAGGCCCCGUAAAAAUCCUUCUUCUGGAGCAAUCUAAUAUAUUUAUCUACCUCUUUAGACACUUAGGUAAGUAUAAUAAUACAAGUUUUUGUCUGUGUGUGUGUGUGUGUAUUGUGUACCUUGUGGCCUUUUGUCCAGUUUCUGCAACACCUGACGCUGAGGCAAGUUUAAUGUAAAUAACGUCCAGCAAUGUUAGAAAUGUUGACUUUUAUUUGCCCAUCAGGGAAAAAAAGGUGAAUGUUAUUGUAGAGGAAAUUUUCAUUCUGGAAAAAAUGCCUACUGUUUGAAUAUUACUUUCAUGCUUUCCACAGAUAUUAUACACAGAUAUUAUAUUGCAAGGAUUAUAUUUCAAAGUCAUCAAAAAUAGAAAAUACAUUUUAUAUUUCUAGCUGAAAAUAAUAACAGUAAUUAGCCUACCUUUGGGGAAAUGUGAUAAAAAUACUAAUGACCAUCACAACUCAUUAAAAGCAUAAAAUGUGCAAUGAUUUAAACUACACGUUCUUUCUAUGAAUCUGCGUAGAAAUGUAGACACAUUUGAUAAAUGCUAUUUAAAGUCUGAGUGCUUUGGUAAAUGAUUCAUCUAUAGGUUGAAGGGAUUACUUUUAUCUGCCUUCAUAGUGAGAAUUAGGUUUCUGUUCUUUAUAAAGCAGGGAAUACAGAUUGUGCAUGGUAAAAGCAUUCAAUCCUUAAUAAUGAUGGUAGCUGCGCUGCAGAAAAGAAAGCCUGUCAGAGUAACGUGUUCAGUUUUACAUCAUAAUCAGAGUGUGUCCAUCUCUGUUGAAGGCAGAAUUAAAAACGCCUUCAACAUUUUUAAAAUAAUAGAUGAAAAACAUCUCAAAGUCACUUUUAAAAUUUGAAUUGACGAUUCCACAUAACAGGAAAAGGACCAGGAACAUCUUAAAUACUUCACGAUGGAAGUGAUGUUUUAAGUGUAAUUUCAUCAAGGAGAAGUUUUUCCAGAAAGUCUUUUGACCUCAGUAAGAAGCUUAUUUACUCUGGUAAAUAGUUUCUAGUAAGAUGAGAAAGACUUGAUUUUUUAAAAACAAUUAAAAAUUUACAUUGUUUAAUCUAAUGUUGUGAUUUCGAAAGUACUACCUUUGCCCUUAUAGUUACUCAUGUGUAUUUAUAUGCAUUUUCUUGGUUCAUUCAAACGCCAAUAAAAUACUUUACUAUCCAGGCCCCUUAAAAGCCAAAUUAAUUUCUAAAAGUGAGGAUUGUAUGUAUGCUGUGAGGUGUGCGCAGGUGUAUGCGUGUGAUGUGUAUGUAUGGUGUGUGUAUGUGGUCUGUGUGUGUAGUAGGUUCAUGGGGUAUGUAUGUGUGUGGUGUGUACUGUGGGUGUUAUGUGUGUAUACUGUGUGUAGUUUGUGGGUGGUGCAUGGUGUGUAUAUGUGCUGUGUUUGUGGUGUAUGUGUGUGUGGUGUGUGUAUACUAUGUGUGGUGUGGUGUGCGUGUGAUAUGUGUGUGUGCAGUGUGUGGUGUAUGUGAUGUGUGUGUAUGUAUGGUUCUGGGUGUGUGUGCACUGUAGUGUUUGAUGUGUGAUGAGUGUAGAAUGUGUGGUGUGUGUGUGCACAGUGUGUGUGUUGUGUGUAUGUGAUGUGUGUGCUCUGUGUGUGUGGUGCUAUAUAUACGUGUGUAGUGUGUGGGGAGUAUGUGUGGGGUGUGUGAUGUGUGUGGGGAGUAUGGGGUGUGUGUGGUGCUGUAUGUGUAUGUUGUGUGAGUAGUAGUUUCGUGUGUGUGGUGUGUGUGCAGUGUGUGGGGGGUAUGCGUGUGUGCACGUUGUGCAGUGUGUGGUGUGGGGAUGUGCGUGAGUGAGCACAUGGUGUGUGUGCAGUGUGUGUGGUGUCUGGGGUGUGUGCACAUGGUGUGGUGUGUGUGGUGUAUCUGGGGUGUGUGUAUGUGCACCUGGUCUGUGUGCAGUGUGUGUGGUGUGUGUGGGUGUGUGCAUGUGCACAUGGUGUGUGUGCAAUGUGUGGUGGCUGUGGUGUGUGUGCGUGUGCACGAGGUGUGUGUGCAGUGUGUGUGGUGUGUGGGUGUGUGUGCAUGUAUACAUGGUGUGUGUGCAGUGUGUGUGAUGUCUGUGGUGUGUGUGCGUGUGUACAUUGUGUGUGUGCAGUGUGUGUGGUGUGUGGGCGUGUGUGUGUGUGUAUGCAUGGUGUGCUGUGUGCAGUGUGUGUGGUGUCCGUGUGGUGUAUGUGUGGGGCAUGUGUGCUUGUGUACACGGUGUGUGUGGCUUGUAUGUGGUGUGCACAUGUACACAUGGUGUGGCAUGUGCAGUAUGGUGGGGUGUGUGUGCAGUGUGUGGUGUCUGUGUGUGGGAUGUGUGUACACAUGGCGUGGUGUGUGCGGUGUGUGGUGUCUGUAGGGUGUGUGCGUGUGCACAUGAUGUGUGCGUGCAGUGUGGUGUCUGUGUGGGGUGUGUAUGCGUGCACAUGGUGUGUGUGCAGUGUGUGUGUGGUGUUUGUGCCCAUGGUGUGUGUGCAGUGUGUGGUGUCUGUGGUGUGUGCAUGUGCACAUGUGUGUGCAAUGUGUGGUGUGUUUGUGCAUAUGGUGUGUGUGCAGUGUGUGGUGUCUGUGUGAUAUGUGUUCAUGUGCUCAUGGUGUAUGUGCAGUGUGUAUGGUGUCUGGGUUGUGUGUGUGUGCACAUGGUGUGGUGUGUGCAGUGGGUGUGGUGUGUGCAGUGGGUAUGGUGUCUGUGUGGUGUGUGUAUGUGCAUUGUGUGUGGUGUCUGUAUGGGGUGUGUGCCUAUGCACAUGGUGUGGUGUGUGAAGUGUGUGUGGUGUCUGGGGUGUAUGCAUGUGCAGAUGGUUAUGUGCAGUGUGUGUGGUGUCUGUGUGUGGUGUGUGUGUGCGCACAUGGUGUGUGUGUGUGCACAUGGUGUGGUGUGUGCAGUGUGGGGUGUGUGCAUGUGCACAUGGUGUGUGUGGAGUGGGUGUGGUGUGUGUGGGGUGUGCAUGUGCACAGGGUGUGUGUGCAGUGUGCGUGGUGUCUGGUGUGUGCAUAUGCACAUGGUGUGUGCAGUAUGUGGUGUGUGCAGUAUGUGGUGUCUGGGGUGUGUGCGUGUGCACAUGGAGUGUGCAGUGGGUGUGGUGUGUGUGCAGUGCGGGGUGUGUGUGUGCGUGUGCACAUGGUGUGUGUGCAGCGUGUGUGGUGUCUGGGGUGUGUGUGCCUGUGUGUGGUGUCUGUGUGUGGGAUGUGUAUGCGUGUGUGUGGGGAAAAGAAAGAAAUCAGACUGUUACUGUGUCUAUGUAGAAAGAAGUAGACAUAAGAGACUCCAUUUUGUUCUGUACUAAGAAAAAUUCUUCUGCCUUGAGAGGCUGUUAAUCUGUAACCCUACCCCAACCCUGUGCUCACAGAAACGUGCUGUGUCAAGUCAAGGUUAAAUGGAUUAAGGGCUGUGCAGGAUGUGCUUUGUUAAACAAAUGCUUGAAGGCACCAUGCUUGUUAAGAGUCAUCACCACUCCCUACUCUCAAGUACCCAGAGACACAAAACACUGCAGAAGGCCACAGGGACCUCUGCCUAGGAAAGCCAGGUAUUGUCCAAGGUUUCUCCCCAUGUGAUAGUCUGAAAUAUGGCCUCGUGGGAAGGGAAAGACCUGACUGUCCCCCAGCCUGACACCGAUAAAGGAUCUGUUCUGGGGAGGAUUAGUAAAAGAGGAAGGCCUCUUUGCAGUUGAGAUAAGAGGAAGGCAUCUGUCUCCUGCUCCUCCCUGGGCAAUGGAAUGUCUGAGUGUAAAGCCCAAUUGUAUAUUCCAUCUACUGAGAUAGGGGAAAACCGCCUUAGGGCUGGAGGUGGGACAUGCUGGCAACAAUACUGCUCUUUAAGGCAUUGAGAUGUUUAUGUAUAUGAACAUCAAAAGCACAGCACUUUUUUCUUUACCUUGUUUAUGAUGCAGAGACAUUUGUUCAUAUGUUUUCCUGCUGACCCUCUCUCCACUAUUACCCUAUUGUCCUGCCACAUCCCCCUCUCAGAGAAAUGCCCGAUAAUGAUCAACAAAUACUAAGGAAACUCAGAGACUGGUGCUGGCGCGGGUCCUCCUUAUGCUGAGCGCCAUUCCCCUGGGCCCACUUUUCUUUCUCUAUACUUUGUCUCUGUGUCUCUUUCUUUUCUCAAGUGUCUUGUUCCACCCGAUGACAAACGCCCACAAGUGUUGAGGGGCAGGCCACCCCUUCACGUGUGCACAUGGUGUGUGUGUUGUUUGUGUGGUGUCUGUGUGUGGGGGGGUGUGCGUGUGCACAUGGUGUGGUGUGUGCAGUGCGUAUGUUAUGAGUGACUGCUUCUCUUAGCUUGUGGACAUCAGUCUUCCAGACCAGCUUUCUCCAUGUGUCUGGGAACAUAAGAAACAAGUUUCUGCAAUAAUUAUUACACAGCUUUUCCGGAGAGGGACCAAAUCUCUCUCGUGAGUGGGUAUCUGCAUCUUUGCAGGAGGGAAUGUGAUGUCCUGGCUUGGCUCACACCCUCUGAGGGCUUAGGCAGUUUUCCUGCUGGAUCCCUCAUUGUGGCCAGAGAGGGAGGGCUCUGUUUCACCACAGGGAACCAGAAGAGGACUGGUGCAUGGGAAGACCAGGUAAUCAUAAUGGUAUUAAUAAUAGUGGUAAUAAUACUGUUUUAUACAUUGUAUAUGUCAUAAGGAUUUUAACUUUCAUGUAACAUAAUUGUUGUAAAAAUGUCCCCAGUUUGUUUUGUGCUACUUGUGUGGUGUUGAAAUGUGUAAGAAUUUACAUUUUAGGUACAUUAGGUUUAUUCCUUUUUAUAUGGUUUCUGUUUGAAAUUUUGAUUUUAGAAGACAUUCAUUCUCAAGGUCAUAAAACACACACACAUCUCAUUUUCUUUUGUCUCUCUCUCUCUUUUUUUUAUUUAAUACUGGAAUUAACUUUUAUGUAAGGUGUGGGACAAUGAUUCAAUUCUGUCAUUUUAUAUUCUCAAAUCAUUACCCAAUAUUUUAAUACCAUAAAUGGAACAAUCGCUCUGUUUUGUGGAUUUAAAAUGUUACCCUGUUACUAGAUAAAAUUACACUCAAUUUCUGUGUUUUUAAUUCUCUUUCAUUAAUGCGUUUAUUUUUGUGCCAUUUCAAAUUUAAUUUUGAAUAGUGAUAAUAAUCUAAAAUAUCUUAUAGUAAAUUUUAUAAUAUUGACUCUCAUUGUGUGUAUGUUCAAUAUAUGGAUUUAAAAUCACAUGUUCUUGUUCAAAAAUAUUUUUCUUGGAAUUUGAGCAUAUUUUUAAAUGAUUUACAGCAAACUAAAGAGCUAAUAUUAUUGAGUCCUCUCAUCCAGAAUGUGACAUGCAAAUUCCUCAAACCUCCCUUAAUGCCAUUUAGUCAGAAUUAAUAUGUUAAAUCAAUAUAAAUUAGUAUAAAUGAGUAUAAUUAAUGAUUAAAAUAAAUUAAUGUGUUUGGCUCCA